AACCAAGUGGGGUUUUCGGAAGACUUUCUCUCGCACGUCCCUCCAAACGAAAAACCCAUCGCUGCUAUUCGAUCCCGGCGGCAAUGGCCGAAGCUUUCUGUCUCUACUAAAUCCAAACCUCAAACCACUCUUCCCUUAUUCUUCUCUCCAACGAUGGGGUCGACCCUCUUGCCGAGAGCCUUCGCCGGGCUUCGAUCGAUCCGUUCUGCGGCUUUCGUUACCCAGGAUUCAAGACGGAUCUACAAUUCGUUUACCAAGAGGAGGGCAUCUUAUGGUGGUACAAAUUUGCCUUCUUUUGCUGCCCCAAAUUUUGGAUUUAUUCGCUGUGAUGCAACUACUUCACCAAGUGCAAGAAUCAUCACAUCCGCAAUUCAUUCUAAAGCUCAUAAUGAACCUGUUGUUUCUGCUGAAUGGCUUCAUGCUAAUCUUAGAGAGCCUGAUGUUAAGGUUGUAGAUGCUUCAUGGUACAUGCCAGAUGAGCAAAGAAAUCCAUUCCAAGAAUAUCAGGUGGCUCACAUUCCUGGUGCCUUAUUCUUUGAUGUUGAUGGAAUAUCAGAUCGAACGUCUAAGUUGCCGCACAUGUUGCCGUCAGAAGAAGCUUUUGCUGCUGCUGUUUCUGCUCUUGGAAUCUAUAACAAAGAUGGGGUAAUUGUUUAUGACGGAAAGGGUAUAUUCAGUGCAGCUCGUGUAUGGUGGAUGUUCCGAGUCUUUGGACAUGAUAAGGUUUGGGUGUUGGAUGGUGGCUUACCAGAGUGGCGUGCUUCUGGAUUUGACGUUGAAUCUAGUGCAUCUGGAGAUGCCAUAUUGAAAGCAAGUGCAGCUAGGGAAGCAGUUGAAAAGGUUUAUCAUGGACAGCUGGUUGGCCCUGCUACAUUUGAAGCAAAGUUCCAGCCUCAUCUUGUGUGGAUGCUUGAACAGAUUAAACAAAACAUUGAUGCUCAAACACAUCAACAUAUAGAUGCUCGAUCAAAGCCUAGGUUUGAUGGCAUAGCUCUGGAGCCACGGAAGGGAAUUAGAAGUGGUCAUGUGCCUGGCAGCAAAUGCAUUCCUUUUGGUCAGAUGCUGGAUAAUUCGCAGAUGCUCUUGCCUGCAGGUGAACUUACUAAAAGAUUUGAGCAAGCAGGUAUCUCUUUAGAUCGCCCCGUGGUCACUUCUUGUGGUACUGGUGUAACUGCUUGCAUACUUGCCUUGGGUCUUUAUCGGAUGGGAAAGACUGAUGUUCCAAUCUAUGAUGGAUCUUGGACUGAAUGGGGAUCCCAAUCUGACACGCCCGUUACCACUGCUUGAAUAGUUUGUUGUGCCUCGUGUUUUUCUUCUCAUUUUUUGUAGUUCAAACCAAGAGAACAUGAGCAAGAUGGAUAUACUUGCGCCGAACAGAGGCUUCUUAUGUCACAUUGUACAUGAUUUAUUUUAGACAAAGUGAUUUAUUCAAAGCCAUCGAAUCAAAAAUUAGAUUUCGGAAGGUAA